AUGGGGCUUGGGAAUAUGGAGCCAAAUCAGAACAGUGGGAUGCAUGCCAUCACCAAGAUGAGAAUCCCUCUGAAGGAAACAGGUAGGCCCUUCCUGGGUCGCUACAGCGACAGAGAGUUGGCGUUUUACAAAUGGUUUUGUCUGCUCAAUAUAGAUCGAGCGCUCUACGACGUCCAAGGAGUGGCAAUUGUUGCUCCCAUUGCAAUUGAAUUGAAAUUGCCGAAGAGCAUUGGAAAACUAAAGAAGCUGAACAAUUUGAAUGCCGACAGAAACAAAUUAAUGUCUUUGCCCAAAGAGAUUGGGGGGUGCUGCAGUCUUAAUGUCUUUUCUGUGCGUGACAACAGAUUAUCUCGAAUUCCCUCUGAGAUUUCACAAGCCACUGAACUGCAUGUCCUGGAUGUAGCUGGAAACAGGCUGAUACAUCUUCCUCUGUCACUGACUUCCUUAAAGCUGAAGGCUUUGUGGUUGUCUGAUAACCAGUCCCAACCUUUGCUGAUGUUCCAGACUGACACAGAUCCUGAAACAGGAGAGAAAAUUUUAACAUGUGUGUUACUUCCUCAAAUGCCUUCUGAGCCCAGUUGCCAAGAUAACCUGCCCCGAUGUGGUGCGUUUGAGAGCUUAGUAAAUGAAAUGUCAGAUGAAACCUGGAAUGAGCGUGCAGUAAACAGAAUCAGUUCAAUCCGCUUUUUAGAAGAUGAAAAAGAUGAAGAGGAUAAUGAAAUGAGAACACUUCUAAGGCGAGCCACUCCACAUCCUGGAGAGUUAAAGAACAUGAAAAAGACAGUGGAGAAUUUACGGAAUGAUAUGAAUGCUGCUAAAGGACUGGAUUCAAACAAAAACGAGGUCAAUAAUGCCAUUGACAGAGUGACCACUUCUGUGUAGAGUUUCAUCUCCAGGUUUUACCUCCUGUGUCUUCCCCUGCUGUUGAAAUGUUCCUGUCGUCUUCUGGGACGUCAUUCAGCCCCCUUUGUUUUUAACCAGAACCUGAUUCAUCAUCUCCUUGUAUGUGGAAGGUGCUGAUCACUGGAAGAAAGUGCCUUAUCUCAGCCAGGCAUUGAACCAAUAAUCUCCAAAUCAAUAUUGUACUUUUAAUAGCUUAGUUUGUUUUUAAUAAAUAGAGUACACUACUGUAUAGGUAAUGCCAUAUUUUUGUCUUACAUGUGGGGAAAUACGAUUUUUCCUAAGUGUUGGGGUAUCUUCUUCCCAGUUGCUAGAUAUGCUGGUGAGAAAUAUAGUUUUAUAUGGAAAAUGGAUAAAUUUUUACUCUUUGGCAGCUCAGAUGGUGUAAAUUUUAAAAUUUUGUAUAGGAGUUUCAUAACAAAAUGGUGUAUUUCAUUUUUAAAAAGAAAUUUAUCUUAAUCGGUACAUAUUUUAGUAUUUGUGGAAGAGAACGUGAGUUUCAUGGACAGUUGUAUUCAUUUGUUGUUUGUGCUGCCCACUUGUGCCUUGAUAUGUUUUGUAUGUCAGAUUAGUCUUAAAAGAAAACAGAAUCCUUGGGCAGAGCCAGGUUAAAACAAUGGUGCCUGUUUGGAAGUGUUCAUUUCAAGCAGUAAUUAACUUUUGGGGUAUUUUACAAAAAAAGGAAAACUGAUGUUUAUGUCACAGGAUUCAAAUUUGUGAAGCACAGCUGUUUAUUUUAUUGUAUGCUGAGUUGAGAUUAAAUGACCAGACUGCUACUGUUUAUUACACAAUGCACUCACACUUUAACUUAAUCAUAAGAAAACCUCUUGUUUUGGAUGCAGUGAUGGAUUGCAGUCAAUAGAAACUCAUACUCCCACUUUUAAAGUUGAAUGUGCCAUUUGUAAAAUAAACGGAACAAAAUGCACGCUAGACUUUCAGAAGCACAGUAUGAAACUAGUUUUAUGUAUGACACAAGAAGAGUGAUAUUCUUUUAAAGUGCUUUGCAGGUUUUAUAUCUAUAUAUAAAACCACAAUAAAAUAAAAAUCUGAAAGCUUCAGCAGCUUUCUAUUGUAUCAUUACAUUGAUAUGAUAAAUAUUAGAAUUGAUUUUAUCUGUACAUUUUAUUGUGCUACAUCUUAAAUUUAGUGAACACUGGCUUUAUUAAGUUAAGUAAACUCUGUUAAACUGAAUGUAAUACUGUGGAAAGUACCAGAUUUAACAUACUUUGGAGAAAGUAGUCUCUCAAACACAAUGCAAGUACAACAUGAACAGUUGCACUGUAAGGUUUCUCACAUUGCCACUCUCAGUGUUCCUGGACUGUGGCAGACAGAUAAUUGUCUCCAUAUAUAUAAUAUGAAAUUCUUGGAACCUCUGCUGAGACUUGAAACAAUGUUGGGUAUGUCUACCCUACGGGAUUAUACCGAUUUUACAGAAACCAUUUUCUAAAACAGAUUGUA